AAAUGCUAUAUGGAGAAUUUUACUUUGCAAAAUUUGUGCGAUAUUUGUAUUACAUUUCGCAAAAUGCUAUAUGGAGAAUUUGACUAUGCAAAAUUUGCAGCCAAAUUAUUUCUUUGGAAAAUAAGUUUUUGUAAAACUAUGGUGAUUCCUUAGCUAAUGUUUGUUUUACAUUGUUGCAAAUCGACUGAGUUUAAUGAACAAGUUCUGUGCGCCGUAUGCGGCCUAAACUUUCAGUACUCACUUCUAUAAAAGCCAACCUGCAUUUCGUAUCUGUUAAAUUUUCAAAGCAAGAGAAAAGAGGAUUUUCCCAAAUGGGUAAGAACAUAAGCAAAAACAGCGACACUGUCCAUAUAUGUGUGGCGCCCAGACUAAAGCCCAGUCUGGCAACACGGCGUAAACAAGUACUAACGCCAAGACCUGUCCUAGAGGACAAUAUCUUCUGAUGUCGUCAGACUGGUCACUCUCGACAUCAGCUGCGCCGCGAAACAAGCUUACGGCAUCAAAUUAACAUUCUAUUGUAUUUCUUAAUUAAAAAAAGCAGUAUCUACAUAAGUUACUAUAUUGGGGACCCCGACGUGAUAAACAAAAUGCUGAACACCGGAUAUUGUGCGCCUGCACCGCCAACUUCGCCUGACUCUGGUGAAAUUGAACAUGGCCACAGCGCAGGCACCGUUAUUCCUGUCGUCAAGUCGGUUGCCUCCAUCAAGCUAUUGGAAGCAAAAUGCGGGGUUAUGGUUUGUGCAGAUCGAAGCGCAAUUUCAAUGCAUCCGCAUUUCUUCAGAUAACACGCGCUACUACUAUUUAAUCAGUGCACUUGAAGGAGAUUAUCAUCAAGAAAUUUACGGAAUCACCGGACAGACAGUUGCAGCACGCUUUACCGGAGCUUCACCUUGGGGACAAGAAGCCCUCGAAGCUCCUUCGACGAAUCUGUCAUCUGUUCAGGCGACUGGUGACAGCAGAUCUCCAAGCACUCGCCCCUCAAAGGAGUACGGACUUCACAUAAUCAAUUAUCGCUACACGAUUGGGGAAGACAUUCUUCAACGUCUGCAUGGAUGCUCGGUUUUCUCUAAAAUCGAUUUGGUGCGUGCCUACCGCAGGUUCCCAGUCGCGCCAGAUGAUAUUCCGAAAACAGCCGUCACUACACUGUUCGGCCUUUUCGAGUUCGUCGGCAUGCCACCCGGACUGCGCAAUGCAGCGCAAACCUUCCAGCGCGCUGCAGCGCCACAUGGACAACCUGCUUCGUGGCAUUCCAUUCGUAGGAUGCUAUAUAUAUAUAUAUUUUUAUACCCGUUACUCGUAGAGUAAAAGGGUAUACUAGAUUCGUUGAAAAGUAUGU